AUGGGGCAGCUAAGGCCUGUCAACUUAGAGCGGCUGCAGGCUUGGUGCCGUGAGUUGGAAGAAUCGGCGCCUGCGGUGGCGUACUACAUGAAGCUCUAUACAGUAGAGCGAAUCCUGUCGCAGGGGGACGGAGCGCGACGCGACGUGGCAGCAGCGCUGCUAGACGAGGUGGAGCGAUUCAAGGAGGCAGCGCAGGGUGCGAACGGGGAUGAGGGCAUGGCGACGGUGGUGCGCGACCAGACGGCGGCGAAGGCACUGGUGCUGCACUUUGCUCUCCACGCGCAUAACAGCGUGCUGGAGCGUUUGAGUGCGGGGGACAGUGGGCGCGCGGUGGCGCGGGCGCUGUGGUGCUGCGUGGACUUGCUGGAGGCGGUUGUGCAUCUCUGGGGCGGGCGGGAGUUGAUGGCAGAGGAGCAACGCGAGUGCGAGCGGCGCGUGAAGCGCGCGAAGUGGGCGCUGGCGCGUGGGACAGCGCGGCCUGCAGGCGCGGCUCGGGACGAAGAGGACGCGAGGGACGCGGGUGACGCGGUGGCAAGCGCAGGGGACGCGGGGGAAAGCGUAGGGGACGCGGCUGAGAAGGCCGCGGCGGCCGCAGCUCCGCCGGCGCCGCAGCCGCCGAGUGUACGCGAGCCGUCUCCGCCGCACGCCACGGCGCCAGACUACGAGGCGCUGCUGAACCGCGAACAGCAGCUUGAGCAGGCGAACAAGCACGCGCGUUACGCGAUCAGCGCGAUCAACUACGAGGACUUGACGACCGCACGACGGGAGCUCGCGGCCGCGCUGGCCACUUUGGAGAAUAUGUAG